GUCGGAUUUCCGCACAGGCACGAACCCAUUGCGUGAUACUCAUUGCAUGCAUUUCUGAUCAGGUAUAAUUAUAGCAAGGGCACAAGAGACAUCUUGCUCUAAUUACAGGCACUGUUCUUCAUUUCUACCAAAUCUACCUCGGAAUCAAAAUCAUGCCUGGCACAUCUCCAGUCGUCCUCAUACUCGGCGCGGGGUCCAACAUUGGCCAUCAUGUAGCUCGAGCAUUUGCUUCAAAGGGUUACAGGGUUGCCCUGGCAGCCAGGAGUCUCAAGCACACGGACAACACUGCUGACCAAGUCAACAUCCCGGGUGACUUGUCAGAUCCAAACGCUGUUGUCAGCGCAUUUUCCAAAGUCAAAUCGCUGCUAGGUGUCCCGCCAAGUGUUGUCGUUUACAAUGCUGCCGCACUAACCCCGAAUGCCCCAAAUGACCCGCUCUCGCUCCCUCUGGCAGACUUCACUCGGGAUCUGAACGUCAACACUGUCAGCGCCUUUGUUGCAGCACAGCAAGCAGCACUCGGCUUCGAACAGCUCCCCGACUCUGCAUCUAGGACAUUCAUCUAUACCGGAAAUAUACUGAAUACCACUACCAUGGCGCCGCUUCUGGACUUGGGUGUCGGCAAGUCGGCCACCGCGCACAUCAUCCAGUCUGCUGCGGCAGCAUACAAAGACCGAGGAUUCAAGUUCUAUUAUGGCGACGAGCGGAAGGCUGAUGGGUCGUCGGCUGGGACUGGCAUCGACGGAGAAGCGCACGCAAAAUUCUAUGUAGAACUCGCUGAGGGGAAAUCACAGGGGCCUUGGUCGCAGACAUUUGUCAAAGGUGUGGGAUACAAGCCCUUCUAGUUGCCGCGUGCGACGGAUGGAGCGGUUGUGUUGAGAGUCUGUCACCACGCGCUCGGCGGCGUGGAGAGAGGGUUACGAGAGGAUGGCAAGGCGUUGACGGGGCUCUAAGUCACCGCAGCUGUGCAGAUACAUAUUG